UCCGCGUUUAAAACUUCAAAAACCGUCUAUCGCGCUUCUGUAAUAGUCUAUUAAUAUUAUAGUUGUUUAUUGUUUCCCGGUUCCCACUACAUAAUAAUUAAUAAUUGUCUAUUGAAUUUUUUUAACACCUAGGCCGAUGAUAACUAUAACUUACGCACGCCCGACCUACAUGCUGAAAAGAUCGACAUUCGACGUGAUGUAAUAUUUUAGCGAUUUUAAUAGUCUCGUUCGAACUUCGCAGCGUUACGACCAGUAUAAUUGUAUUUGCAAUGAUAAAGAUCGGUUGAAAACUGACCAGACAUUCAUGGGUAUUGAUUAUUUUUUUGACGGGCUCGAUCGCCGUCGGUUCAAUCGUUACAACUGAUAUUAGAUUAAUACCCUUGGUAUAAACACCACAACCUUGUUAGUCGUCUGUUCGGCGUGUCAUUUUAAACAAACAACAACAACAAUAAUAUUAAUUAUGAUAAUAACGUGUACCUACACGGUAGCCAGUUCGGUGCGAGCAAAUCGGACAACUCUUAUAAUAAUAUAGUGCAAUACGUUUCGAGUAAUAAUAAUAAUAAUAAUUAUAAUAUGCAAUUAUAAAUAAUCGACCGCGGGCUGCUGGCACUGAAGUUAUCGACCGACGAUCCUUUGUAGAAAAAUAAUUAAUUAAGAUGACGUUAUGAUUUGUGCGAGUCGAAAAUACGCGGCGACGAUCGUUCUCGGAUUGCACAUGCAUCCGAUCGACAACCACUGUUGUCGUACACCUGACGAAACGACUAACGACCGAUACUUGUCGUUGGAUCGAUCGUGAAUUUUGUCAGUCAAAUAAUUGCACUCACACACACAUGUGGUACCUAUCCACCUCAGUCCGAAACCGAUGGCCAUCCGACCUGAGAAAUUCGCCAUGAGGAGCAUUGUUCGAGUCGCGUUCAUCCUGAUCGCCUACAGUGCAUCCCGGGCAUGUGCAAGAUUAUCGUUCAAUACCCAGGACUUGGUAUUGUUGGUGAAUGAUUCGACAACACUCACAUUAACCUUAACGGACAAUUUACCAGUAAAUACCACAUUAAUCCUCAGCACUAAUCAUAAAGACUUACUGACGACAAAUAUUACCAAAAUAGAAGUCACCAAUUCUACAGGUCCAAAUGUAUGGCCAGUUGAGUUGUUUGGUCAUGAUGCCGGCCAUGACUUAUUAAAAGUUGAUGCUUUUCCUUCUUCCAUCAAAUCCAGUGAUGCUUUUGUGAGAGUCACUCUUCAACAUUCUAAUGAAUUGGCUUUAGUCAGUGUUGUUGUUGGGUGGAUUUAUUUUGUUGCAUGGUCAAUAUCAUUUUAUCCUCAGAUGUAUGAAAACUGGAAACGUAAAAGUGUUGUGGGCUUAAAUUUUGACUUCAUUGCAUUGAACUUGGUUGGAUUUAUGUUAUAUUCGAUGUUCAAUGUUGGUCUAUGGAUACCUGAAAUUGAAAAAGACUACUCAGCCCGAAAUCCUCGUGGAUUAAAUCCAGUUCAAUUAAACGACAUAUUCUUUUCUAUUCAUGCUGUAUUUGCUACUUUAAUAACUGUGGCCCAAUGUUAUUUCUAUGAGAAAGGCGAUCAACAAGUUUCUCGGACAGCCAAAUCAAUCAUGUCCUUCUAUGGAUUACUAAUAAUCAUAUUAUUAGUUCUUGUAUAUUUAGAAAAGAUAGUAUGGCUGGACUUCCUUUAUUAUUGCUCAUAUAUCAAGUUGACCAUAACACUCAUCAAAUACAUUCCACAAGCAGUAAUGAAUUACAAGCGUAAGAGUACUAUUGGUUGGAGUAUCGGCAACAUAUUCUUAGAUUUCACAGGAGGAUUACUUAGUAUAUUGCAGAUGAUUAUCAACGCAUAUAAUUACAAUGAUUGGGCCUCAGUGUUUGGCGAUCCGACCAAAUUUGGUUUGGGUUUACUGUCAGUGAUUUUUGAUAUAUUGUUUUUCCUACAACAUUAUGUAUUCUACAGUGGAGUUAAUUAUGCAGAAUUUGAAAAUUGUAAUGUGGUAGAAGUGGAAGAUGAUGAGGUUACUAAUUCAGAAGAGCACACUAAACCAACUGAUAAACCAGAUGACCAGAUAUGUUAAAAAAAAUUGUUUAUAAUUUUUAACUCUAGACUUUGACUAAUUUAAGUCCAUAGUUCAAUUAUGCUAAACAUCUUAAUUGCAUAGUUACAUCCAGACAAGACUGAACUUAUCCACUAACACCAAAGUUAUUCUAAGAUAUACUUUUUUUCUAUGUUUUUUACUUGCUUGAUAACUUUAAUUUAAACACAACUGUGGAAUACCACUGUUUAUAGGAAAAACAUAAGUUUUUUUAAUCGAAACUUCUUUAGGUAGUGAUUGUAGGGUCUUAGGCGCCAGGCGGCUAGUAUAUUUACAAAGCCAUGUCCAGUGUUGGCCUGGCCCAGGCCGCGAGCUUUUUAUUUGCUUGAUGUGUUCCUGGUAAUAGUAAGUAUAGGAAAUAGGAAGUAGAGACCCCUGUACAGUAUUUGUCAAAAUAUUAUAAAUUGUACAUCAUUUUUAGAAUAUUACAGAGUCACGGACUGCCCCUGAGAAUUUUUGGGUCCUGGAUAUGGACAAAUUGUUUCAACAAAAUGUCAUGUACAUUUUUUGAGACGUGUACUUCAAUAUGAGGCUUCUUAAAAAAACUGAUCCAUGGGCCUUUAGUGUGUCAUGCCGACAACACUGUCCAUCCCUUUUGUGUUACCUAAUCACCACCUGUAAAAAUGCAAUAACUAAUACAAUUCUACCUAUAUUACUUAUUGUGUAUUGUAUAAUAUGAUGUGAUAAACUAGUAAUUAAAUCGAACCACUGAGGAGUAUUUAAGGUAUUUAUUACCAUCACAAAUUGUAUAAUGAUACAAUUUUCAAAUUAAUAAGAAAACAAAUUUUGUAGAAUCUUGUGUACCUACAAAACCUUACUUUACUUCACUACUAAACUAGAUAGUAACCAUUAGGCAUUAACCAUGACUUAAUUAUU